CCCCAUCUUGCCGAGAAAAAAGCCUUCAGGACUGAGUAGCGACGAGGGGCCAUGGCGGGCCAGGCCCACGGGACGACCCUCGGACAGGCCCCCCUCUGAGCAGAUGAGGAUCACGGAUCAGAGCCCCAACUUCAGAGCUCCUUAUGGUCGAGAAGAAACUAGUCAGCAGCAAUUCCAGUCCUUUGGCUCCGGGCGAAACCGAGCAAGACCCAGCCUCGUGUCGUCGGGGAGGAACCAACGCAGGCCCCGCCCCAACCAUUGUCUCGGGGAAGCCAAUGGGCGAAACGCUCGUAACUAACCAAUCAGGACGCGGUAUGCAAAUAGACACGCGGUAAGCCGCAGGGCGACUACAGUGCUCCGCACAGCUCCCUGGAGUGGACAAGGGCCGAUCUGGGAGGGGACUCUAGUGAGCAGUUCGGCCCUGGGCCGAGGGCGGACAAGGUGCUCUGGGUCGAGGAGGAGGGAGUGUCGGACACACCUACAGAUCAGAGACGGUCAGAGACAGUGCUGGCGUCCUCCGGGAGCCCCCACCCGGAGGACACUGGAAUGAGGCUGAGUGCCGACGCCCGGGAGACUCUUAGCAGAGGAAGGGCUGGACGCAUGAAGGACGCAAGAGAGCAGUCCUCUACGGUGGUGUAGAACUGAAGAGAGAGGAGGCAAGCAGCGGGCCUGGCUACUUGCACCAUGGCCCGCUGCCGCCACCACUCGGGAUACCUGGCGGAUGACGAGGCUGGCCACAGCACGUACAUGGCGCGGGUACCACCACCCAAGAAGCCACUGUUGCCAGAAAUGGGACCAGCCUUCAAGCUGGGUCGUGUGCCACACCCCCCAUCAGUGGAUGGCAAUUCAGCACACCGGGGCCGCUGCCAAACCCCGAAGAGACCUCAGCCUUUUGGCGGCUUCCUAGAUUUCCUGACAGAGGGCCAAGUACUGGACAGUCUGCAGACAGUGGUGGAAGAAGCAACUGAACGCAUAGCCACCAUGAAGACAGAGGCUGGGGUGCCGCUGGUGGAGGUGCAGGACUCUGUAGAAGUGCCAAGUGGAAAGCGGCAGGUACGUGCCCGACCCAGCUUCAGUACCGUAAAGCGGCACCGUGUUCGGCCCAGCCUCUGCACUGGAUACCCCAAUAAUUACCCAUCCUGCUCCAGCUCCAUGUCUGACAGCAGCCUCACAGCUGGCUGUCUGGGCCCCCAGGGCCGGGACAGUGACCUAGGCCACCGAGGCUUAGGCACACUGCCACCCAUGAAAAACAGACUCCUGCUGGAGAAAAACCUCAAGCGGCUGCUACAGCUGGAGAACAAAGGGAAAGGCUGGAGUCAGUCCUGUUCCCAGAGGGACUCCCUGCUGUGGAACUCACUAGGCAGCCAGACCGGCAGCCACUGGACCCAGGAGCAGCCCCUGUCCUGGUUCUCAGGGCUGCUGGGCUCCAGCUCAGGGACCCCUGAAGCAUCAGAGCUGGGGCCUGGAGAACGGGAGCUGAUUUUCCUCAAAGAAAAGUUCAACAAGAAGUCCUUGCUGAGCCAGCCAGCGCCAUUUAACCUGCCCGGCUACUGUGCUGUCCGUGAGCCCCACCGUACCCUGGACUUCCUGGCCAAGCACCAUCUCUUCCCUGCUCUGCAGGGCGUGGUCAGCCAGGCUUCAGACAAACUCAGGGCAGCCCACUGCCAUGAUGGCUUCCCUCUCUUCCCCACCAACUCCCAGCUCACCUCAGCAGAGCUGCCAGCCACGCUCACUCAGGGGAAGGAGACUUGUGAUGCCAACAGCAAGUUACCUCACAAAGGACUGAACUCCCCUUCUGUGUCUAAUGCCCAAGAGGCCAACAGAGUCAAGCUCAAGAACUCCAGCGCAAAGAAGCUGCCACCUUCCGCCUCAUCCAAGUCCAGUGUGUCCCACCUGUCCAACCCCUGUUUUGAGGAGAUCAUCAACUUCUUAGUGGAGCAGGCAGUGUCCUUGCUCACUCUCAAGUACAAGUAUGAGAGCAACCUCAAUAAGCAGCUUGGCUUCAUCUCCUUCCCUGUCACCGAGGCUCUCAUGGACCUCUUCCUGGGCUUCAAGAAGGUGAAGGGCUCCCGCAUAGUUCUGUCCUCGGAGAUGGACUGGAGCUGCCUGCUGCGUAAGCUGCAGGAGGCCGAGAAGGCUCUGCAGGUCUCAAAGCAGGCCACCCAGGCGCACGGCUCCCAGGGCAGCAGCAGCUCCUCGAAGGCUGGCUCCCACCGGGUUCCCACCUCCCUGCAGGGAGUCUCCCAGCACAGCACAAAGUCUCCAUCCACUGAGCCUAUGCCAGCGACCAGAAGCAACCAGGAACAGGCCGCAGAGCGUGGCCUCUCUCUCACUGCUGACACACCAACCCACCAGCUGCUCAGCCCUUGGGAGUCAAUUACAGCCGAGAAUCAGGCCCCCAAAAGCCUGUCACAGCCCACGCCCUUCAUGUCCUCUGACCCGGACAUGGGCUCCAAUCUCCCCAAGUCCAACAAGAUGAUGAACACUGAGGACAAAGAGAGUAAUGCUGUGGCUGAGGACAAGGGUAGCAAGGAGGACAAAGCUGGGGGCAUGGAUUCCUACAAGGAUGAGAGGAAUCACCAGGACCACUUGGAGCCUGGACAGGAGGCCAUGAGCAGACCCUCUGUGGACCAGGGCCAUAGUGAUCCCCCAUGAAGUCCUGGUAAGCCACACUGUGUGCGCCAUUCCCUGCUUUUCCACCUGGUCCUUUGUGGCUCCAGCCGCUACCCUGAGCAGGGUCAGGAUGGGCUGGAUGUCCAUGAAGACCUAUGCUAACACUCGCAGGGAGCCCCUGAGAGAAACAGAAAUAAAACAUCUGCAAAUGCAA